UACCGCCCCGGCUGCUUCUCUCCUCUUUACACAAGAGUAUUCGCACGACUCCAUUUGCUCGUUCGUCACCUCUAAGCAUAUGGCAAAAAUAGCCUUUUUUAUUUCUACUAUUGGUACCCCUUUUACUCUUUAAAAAUUCCGCCAAAAAAGAGAAGACGGUUUACCAAAACCUUAGCGCCGUUAUUUCACGGCAGACUCCAAGUGUACAACAGGUAUCCAGAGGGCUUAGGAGCAGCACUCUACAGAGAACAGUUCGACUUCAACGCUGAGCCACCUUGGGAGCCCAGCUGAUAGUGGGAGACCUCCAUCUCCUGACUUGUCCAUUUUGUUGCAUAUUUAAGGGCCCCAAUAAGGCUCGGCGACCCCUGUAUUUGGCAACUUGGUUUAUGAUUGUCGGCUUUGCGGAAUACGGCUGAGAUGAAAGGAUUUGUUGAUGAACCAAACUACACUAUUGACCUUUUGGAAGAAGGAACAACUCUUAGUGAUGUCAUUGAUAACCAUAUUUAUGAGCAGGCUCUGGCUGAAAAGAAUGCCUUUUUUGUGGCAGACCUUGGGAAUGUAGUAAAGAAGCACAUCCAGUGGCAAAAUGUGAUGGCCCAAAUAAAACCCUUCUACACUAUGAAGUGUAAUACCAGCACUGCUCUUAUUGAGAUUCUUGCAGCUCUGGGGAUUGGUUUUGCUUGUGCCAGCAAGAAUGAGAUUGCACUGGUGCAGAGCUUCGGUGUUGCACCUGAAAACAUCAUCUACACCAGCAUGUGUAAGCAACUUUCCCAGAUCAAGUAUGCUGCGAAAAAUGGCAUUGACAUCCUGGUCUGCGACAAUGAAACGGAACUGAUGAAGAUUGCUCGCAAUCAUCCUAGUGUCAAGCUCUUGCUGCACAUCGCAACUGAGGCCCGCAGCGAAGGGGAGGAGAUGAGUAUGGAUUUUGGCUCCACACUGAAGAAUUGCCGACACCUUUUGGAAUGUGCAAAGGAGUUGGGAGUUGAAGUAGUGGGGGUCAAAUUUCAUAUUUCAGGCUCCUGCAAGGAUCUGCAGGCUUAUACUCAUGCGGUCUCUGAUGCUCGCUGUGUUUUUGAAAUGGGGGCAGAGUUUGGUUUUAACAUGAGCAUUUUGGAUAUCGGUGGAGGAUUCUCUGGAGCAGAGUUUCAGCUGGAAGAGAUUUACAGUGCCAUCAGUCCACUACUGGAUGUCUAUUUCCCACCAGAAUCUGGUGUGUCUGUUAUUGCUGAACCUGGAAGUUACUAUGUGGCUUCUUCAUUUACUCUUGCAGUGAACAUAAUUGCCAAGAAGGUGGUUGCUAGGGAUCAGAAUAAGGAAUUUGAACCAUCUCCAAAUGACGAACCAGCUUAUAUGUAUUACAUGAACGAUGGUGUUUAUGGGUCUUUUGCUAGCAAGCUGACUGACAACACAGUUGCUGUUCCUUCAGUGCAUAAGAAAUACAGCAAGGAAGAAACGGUGUUUGCAAGCAGUUUGUGGGGCCCGUCCUCUGAUGGUCUUGAUCAAGUUGUCGAGCACUGUCUGCUGCCUGAGCUGAAUGUUGGAGAUUGGGUGAUUUUUGACAACAUGGGAGCAAACACCUUGGGAGAGAAGUCUGCUUUCAACGAUUUUCAGAAGCCACCAGUUUACUAUCUGAUUUCAGCAUUUGAUUGGUACGAGAUGCAGGAUGCUGGAAUAACUUUGGACACCACAAUGAAGAACUUCUUCUUUGUGCCUUCUUGCUUUCAUAUUCGUCAAGAAGACCGGAUUUCUGCUCCUGCUUAACCUGGCAUUGGCAAUUAAAUAAUUUAAGCCUUCGCGUUUUGAUCCUGUAGCUUGUCCAGUCCACAUUCCAAGGUGGAAGGAAGCAAUGAAACAAUCUUGAGUAGAGCUGUGGAGAAACGGAAGACUUGGGGCAGGGCUAACUGGGACCAGACAGAAUUGGUUUAAAUGUUUUAAUUGCAUUAUCAAAAAAAAAAUGUAAAUGUCAAAGUUGAAUUUGCAAGUUAAAGUAUCAAAUAAUCCCUGUACCCCCUCACCCAUGUACAAUGUUAAGAUAUGCAACAAAAUGGAUGACUUAGUAGAGAUGGGAUCCAAACACUGGGUUCUCUGCUCAAUGUUUACAUACAUGUUCAAUUUUAUUUUUUUGUUUGUCUGCCCAAGAUGUAACAGUUGUCCUGUAGAAAACAAGAGUGACUUCAUUUUAAAAUGUUAUGUACAUGUAGAAUAUGUAAAUUUGGCCUUUUUAAUCUGUAGUGUAGUAAGUGUGAAAUUUCAUCAUUACUUUGUGGUCUGACCUAUCUUUAUAUAAUUGCAAUAAACCUCUUGUGUAGUUUUUUGUCAUCAGUUGAAGUGUUAGGGUUGUACAGUCUUGGGCUGGUAAAACUAACUGUUAUUGUUCUGUAUGUAAAUUGUCUACCUAUACAGUAUCGCUGUAGUCCAAUUUGCAGUGUUACAAAAGCAUAUUGUUUUAAAGUAAUUUAAAAUUGGCUAGAUGUGAUUUUUAAUUCUCAUACUCGAUAUAUAAUUAAACUUAUACCAUGAUUGCUCCGACACUGGUAGAGCUUUUGAAUGCUUAUUUUACACUGCACUUUUAAGCACCCUGCAGUUGUAUAGGAGCAUUUCUUUUUAGAUGUCCAAAAUACAGCGGACACUGGGUCAUGCAAUGUGAUAACAGGGUUGAUGGCAAACUCACUUGCCCUUCCUCCCAACCCCCAAUGAACUUGCAGCAGCCUGCUGUUUGUAGAAAGUCUUGUGUAAGGGAACACGAGAUUAGGCGAAAAACAUGCAAAACCUUUUAGUUCAUGGUUGGAUUUUUGUCAUCAAUGUGCAUGCUUAUUUUACAGCACACCACUACAAAUAGCCAUGUGAAAUACUCUUGUGUGUGUGAAAGUGGUGUAAUGCACAGUUCUGUCCACCAGGUAAAAUAUAGUGUCAGCUCAAAAUCUAUUAAUAUUACUUGGAUGUUUCUCAAAGUUGUUUGGAAAUGAUUUAACAAUAACCUGAAACAUGGAAUGUAAGAACUGGUAAAAUGUACAUCCUGUGGCCAGAAUUAUAGUAGCAUAUUUCGUGUUGGAGUACGAGUUCAAGAUUAAUUGGUAACUUUUUUUUUUUUUUUUUUAAUUCUCUUCCAGAAUAAAGACAAUUGUAUUAUAGCUCACAAAUCUGAUCCUAUAUUUUCUACAAAGCACUAAUGGACCAUAGCCCACUUCUUUAACUGUAAAAAUGUGUACUUGUCAAGGGAAUGAAAUUAAUUUAAUACACUUCUUUGACUGAA